GCUGUAGCCGCGCCGGCUUCGGCGUCGCCGCCAUCUUUGUUGAUGUGUCAGCUCCUCAGGGGUUUAGAGGGGGAACCUCGGUUGAGAGCCAGCGAUCGGCCGCGGUCUCCACGCGUGACGUGCUCGUCCACUCCGUGUCGGCGGGACCCGGCCAUGGAGACGCUGGCCCGGGAGCCGGAGCUCCAUCGGCCUCGUUAGGGUGCGGCCCGGGGCUGGGGACGGACGAUGUAAAUGAAGAUCAGGAGCAGAUUUGAAGAAAUGCAAAGUGAAUUGGUACCAGUCAGCAUGUCAGAGACAGAGCACAUGGCCUCCAUUUCUUCUGAUGCAAAUACUGGGAAAACACCUGAGUUAAAAGAAGACUCGUGCAACCCAUUUUCUGGUGAUGAAAGCAACAAAUUAGAAACCGAAUCUGAACUAUUGUCAUUGAACUCUGACAAAAUUUUAUGUCAACCUAAUGAACACAGUUGUCAAAUUGAACAAGAAAACCUUAUUCCAGACUGUGGUGGUGGUGAGAAUUCUUAUGUUAAAACAGACCCGUACUCAGAAAACUCUGAACAAGUAGAUGACUUUCCUGCUGGGGACUUUGCAAAACAAGUGUCAAAAACAAGUGACCCAGAACAGACAGUGACACAGAUACUGGCGGAGUUGAGGUCCUCUGCAUCUACAGAAGCCAGUGACCCAAAGACGUCCUCAGCAAGCCUCUACGACACAGACUGCACCAGGAAACUCAUUUCUCAGAUAAAGACUGUUUCAGCAUCAGAUGAUUUGUUGGGAGAAAUCGAGUCUGAGCUUUUGUCUGCAGAGUUUGCAGAUGAACACCAAGUACCAAAUGGAGUGAAUAAAGGCGAGCACGCCUUAGCCCUGUUUGAGAAGUGUAUGCAUGGCAAGUACUUGCAGCAGGAGCUCACGAUUAAGAAGUUAAUUAAAGAAAAUAAGAAUCAUCAGGAACUCAUCUUAAAUAUUUGCUCAGAAAAAGACAAUUUAAGAGAAGAACUGAAAAAAAGAACAGAAACAGAGAAGCAGCAUAUGAACACAAUUAAACAGUUAGAAUUAAGAAUAGAGGAACUGAAUAAAGAAGUUAAAGCUUCUCAAGAUCAGCUAGUUGCACAGGAUGUCACAGCUAAAAAUGCAAUUCAGCAAAUCCACAAAGAGAUGACCCAGAGGAUGGACCAGGCCAAUAAGAAAUGUGAAGAGGCUCGUCAAGAAAAGGAAGCAAUGGUAAUGAAGUAUGUGAGAGGUGAGAAGGAGUCUCUAGACCUUCGCAAAGAAAAAGAAACACUUGAGAGAAAACUUAGAGAUGCAAAUAAGGAGUUGGAGAAAAACACUAACAAAAUUAAGCAGCUUUCUCAGGAGAAAGGGCGGCUGCAGCAACUCUAUGAAUCGAAGGAAGGUGAAACGUCUAGACUCAUCAGAGAAACAGACAAAUUAAAGGAGGAGAUCAGCUCGUACGUCAUUAAAGUCAAGUGGGCACAGAACAAGCUAAAGGCUGAGAUGGAUUCACACAAGGAAACCAAAGAUAAACUCAAAGAAACAACGUCAAAAUUAACACAGGCAAAGGAAGAAGCUGAUCAGAUCCGGCAAAACUGUCAAGAUAUGAUAAAAACAUAUCAGGAAUCAGAAGAAAUUAAGUCAAAUGAGCUUGAUGCAAAGCUCAGAGUCACAAAAGGAGAACUUGAAAAACAAAUGCAAGAAAAAUCUGACCAGCUAGAGAUGCAUCAUGCCAAAAUAAAGGAACUGGAAGAUCUGAAGAGGACAUUUAAGGAGGGUAUGGAUGAGCUCCGGACAUUGAGAACAAAGGCAAAAUGUCUAGAAGAUGAACGCUUAAGAACUGAAGACGAAUUAUCAAAAUACAGGGAAAUUAUUAAUCGUCAGAAAGCUGAAAUUCAGAGUUUACUGGACAAAGUGAAAAUGACAGAUCAGAUCCAGGAGGAGCUUCAGAGUGGUAAACAAGAAAUUGAACAUUUGAAGGAAGAAGUGGAAAGCCUUAAUUCUUUGAUUAAUGACCUACAGAAAGACAUCGAAGGCAGCAGGAAAAGGGAGUCUGAGCUCCUGCUGUUCACGGAGAAGCUCACUAGUAAGAACGCACAGCUGCAGUCUGAGUCCUGCUCUCUGCAGUCACAAGUGGACAGCCUCUCCUGCAGUGAAAGUCAGCUGCAAAGCCAGUGUGAGCACAUGACACAGACCAACGCUCACUUGGAGACCAGAUUGCUCAGAGAGGAGGAACUGCGGAAAGAGGAGGUCCAGAGCCUGCAGGCCGAGCUCUCCACUAUGCAGACAGAAGUUAAAGCCCUCAGCACCCAAGUGGAAGAACUGAAAGAUGAGUUAGUAACACAGAGGCGCAAACACGCCUCCAAUGUCAAGGAUCUUAGCAAACAGCUUCAGCAAGCACGGAGAAAACUAGACCAGACUGAGAAUGGGAACUACGAUAAAGAAGUUAGCAGCAUGGGAAGCCGUUCUAGUUCAUCAGGGUCACUUAAUGCUCGCAGCAGUGCUGAAGACCGAUCUCCAGAGAAUACCAGCUCCUCAGUGGCUGUGGACAACUUCCCAGAAGUGGACAAGGCCAUGCUGAUUGAGAGGAUAGUGCGGCUGCAGAAGGCGCAUGCCCGGAAGAAUGAGAAGAUAGAGUUCAUGGAGGACCACAUCAAACAACUGGUAGAAGAGAUAAGAAAGAAAACCAAAAUAAUUCAGAGUUACAUUUUACGAGAAGAAUCAGGCACACUUUCUUCAGAAGCAUCUGAUUUUAACAAAGUGCAUUUGAGUAAACGCGGUGGCAUCAUGGCAUCCUUAUACACAUCCCAUCCCGCUGACAGUGGGCUAACACUGGAGCUCUCUUUGGAAAUCAACCGAAAAUUACAGGCUGUUUUGGAAGAUACAUUGCUAAAAAAUAUUACUUUGAAGGAAAACCUGCAAACACUUGGAACAGAAAUAGAACGCCUUAUUAAACACCAGCAUGAACUGGAGCAGAGGACGAAGAAAACCUAACAAAAAGCUCUUGCCCAGUAGACAGACCAGAGCUGCAGACCAGCAGGUGCCAUUGUCCAGUGUCCUGAAACAGCCCUUGCUUUGUGUCAACUAAUCAAAAGUUCAUUUUA